GCUGCCCUGAUCACCAAACAUCGCUGGAGAUCGAGAGACCGAAGCAGCAGCAGCACAAGCAUCCGAGGUUCCGAAUUGUCCGUCGUGCAAACCCAGCAGUCAAGUUCGACUCAGUCAUCCAACCCCCGAUCGAUCGGAUCAGAUCCACAAGCAAUUAAGCAAGCCACGCCGACAUGCCUUCAGUCGAGGUGGGCGGCGCCGCCGGGUGGAGGCCCAAGCACCUCCACAAGCAGUACCAGCAGAAGCACCACCACUACACCCAGCAGCAGCAGCAUCAGCCACCGUCCCAUCCCCAUCCCCACCCGCCGCCGCAACAGCAACCGCUGGAGAUCCGGGAGGUAUGGGCAGACAACGUCGACCGCGAGUUCAAGCUAAUCCGCGCGGCCAUCGAGCACUUCCCCUACGUGUCCAUGGACACGGAGUUCCCCGGCGUGAUCCACCACCCACCCGCUUCCGUCCACCACUCCACGCUCACCCCAUCACAGCGCUACGCCCUCCUCAAAUCCAACGUCGACGCGCUGCACCUCAUCCAGGUCGGCCUGGUCUUCGCGGCGUCCCCGUCCUCCCCGCCGGCACUCGCGUUCCAGAUCAACCUCCGCGAGUUCGACCCGCGGGUACACCGCCACGCGCCGGACUCCGUCCGCCUGCUCGCGUCCAGCGGCGUCGACCUCGCCGCGCACCGCGCCAGGGGGGUUUCGGCCCGCGCCUUCGCCGCGCUGCUCAUGUCGUCGGGCCUCGUCUGCAACCCUGACGUGGCGUGGGUCACCUUCUGCUCCGCCUACGACUUCGCCUACCUCGUCAAGGUGCUCAUGGGCCGGAAGCUGCCCCGGGCGCUCCCGGAGUUCCUGCGGUACGUCAGGGUCUACUUCGGCGCCGCCGUGUACGACGUCAAGCACAUGGCUAGGGUCGCCGUUGACUCCUACGGCGAGGUCGCGCUGCUGGGUGGGCUCGAGCGCGUCGCCGGUGCCCUCCGGGUGCGCCGCGCCGCCGGACGGGGACACCAGGCCGCGUCCGACAGCGUGCUCACGUGGGACACGUUCCGGGAGAUGGCUAGGCUCUACUUCCCCAAGGAAUGCAGCCUGGACGUGUGCGCCGGCGUGAUCUACGGCCUUGAGCUCCGCCACGGCGACGCCACUACCAAGCCCAAGCCGGCUAAAGUGCGCGCUGCGCUGCGCUGCUGAGAUAAUAAUGUUGUUAUCAUCAUGUACAGUACAGAACCUCCCAAACUGGAUUUUGGGGGAAAUAACAGUAAAGAAACAAGAGAACGGUUCUUUGAUUGGUUAAAUU